AUGUUCCUCCGCCAGCUCGACCUCACCACCGCGCUUCGGCCGUCUCUUCACGAUGACGAAACUCUACUCUCUGUACAGGACGGCGUGGGUCUCUACGAAGGCAAAUUCAAGAUUUCUCACUACCAGAAUGGUCAUGCCUACCUGACGUCGCACAGAGUGUGCUACGUUGACAACGAUGAUCCUCGGAAGUACUCGGUGGCUGUCGAUCUUAAGGAGAUCGAACGGCCUGAAUUCUCCGCCCGCUUUCUGAAAUCAUCGCCAAAGAUCACGCUCUUCCCGAAGGCCACAAGGCGAGGCGUACCGGCUCUUCGGAGCCCAGUGCCUCGAUAUGCUUCACCAGCGGAUGCUCUUAUCACACCUGGAGCGCCGACAUCACGUCCCGCUGCUUCGCCAGCGCCUCCAUCGACACGUGAUCUCAACGCCACUUGGGUAUGCAAUGUCUGUGGCAUGUCAAACGCGGUACCCAGGAACUUCGAUCCAGCUACUGCAAACCAGCAUACUCCUCUGCCGCCUUGCCAAACAUGCGGUGUGAAGCCAGAGCUAGCUCUUAUACUCAAAGCAUCCAUCUCCGCCAUGAGCAAUCGACCUACCUCACAGACACCUGCAGCCUUUGCUAAAAAUGGUGCUGCUGGCAGCUCACCCUUAUUCCCAAAAGCUAUCAAUCAAUGCCCGAGGUGUACCUUCCAGAACGAUCCAUCACUGAGAGAGUGUGAGAUCUGCGGAGCUUCACUCACAGCAGCCAGUAUUAUCGCAUUGCAAGAUCUCAACCAUGGACGGACAAGACCAGAGUCGCCAGGUCCGACACUGACCGGCAGCAUCCUGGACGAUGAUACUAUAGAGACAAUCAAGUUCUCCUUUAGGGCUGGUGGCGAGAAGCCUUUCCUGGACAGACUGAAGGGUGCUCUGGUGCAGCGGAAGUGGUUAUUGCAAAGUGCUCCUCCAAUACCAAGGCCAGGGCUCAACUCCGCACCCACUGGCCCAGGACCAGGUAUGUCUACGAACGGACAGAGCAUGCCUGCCACACCACCACCACGAGUAGUCGGCAUCGCUGGCCUUGAGAGGCGAGGCGCAGAGUUACGACAGAACAACCAGACUGUAAUAGGCACCGCUUUCGAAGACAUCGAAGCCCUCAUGACGUCUGCAAAGGAAGUCAUUGCGAUGGCUGAGCAAUUCGCUAAGCAGAACGGCAACGACUCAGUUGAAGCACGGAAUCUCCUAUCAGACUCUGCUUCCGCACUUGGUCUGGUAACAACGAAAGAUAUGCUAGGCGCAGGCUCAGCAUCAGAGACCCUGUACGUGACAGAACUCGCACGCAACCUAGCGGAAUUCCUCACAGAUGAUCGGCGUGGUGUGCUGAGGCGGGAAGGCGGCAUUAUGUCUCUUGUAGAUCUGUGGGCUGUUUUCAAUCGAACCCGGAAUGGCAUCGAACUGAUCUCACCGCUAGAUUUCGAGAAGGCGGCAGAUAUGUGGGAGAACUUACGCUUACCCAUCCGACUCAGGACGUUCAAAAGUGGCCUGCGUGUGGUGCAGGAGUGUAGUAGGACAGACGAGAGGACUAUCUCCAGCUUACUAGCAUGGCUCCGGGACGCGCAAAAUUCGAGUGGACUGCCCCUUGAGCAGACUUUCGGCAUCGGUGUUACAGCACAGCAGACAGCAGAGCGAUUUGGCUGGAGCGUUGGCGUUGCGACCGAGGAGCUGGAGAUGGCGGAGGAGAUUGGAGCACUGUGUCGCGACCAGAGUCUGGAUGGUAUCAGGUUCUGGGAGAAUCACAUCAUGAGUACUUUUGGGGAGCAGAAGACGACUGACGCCGCGGCUAUGUUGAGUGGGAUAAGAAUAUGA